AUGGCACCAGUACAAUUCAAGCCUCAGGCUAAGCCCUCGAUCGAGCCUCUGCGAACAAAAACAGCCGAAGCAUCAUCACGAUUUGAUAAUAACCCACUUGCACCAUUCGACGACAUACCAUCCGCAAUUGCACUUAAGGAUCAACGCCCAUUACCUACUACAUACCUUCUCAGUUUAGCUCAGACUUCCGACACUCACGAUGAAGAAGAUUUUGAGCUACUACCGGAAGCCCUACUAUGGGACAGACUGUAUGACAAGCCUGCCACGAUAUCAAACAAUCAGUAUGGCAUAGCAGACUCGGUCAUGGCCCCACUUACAGCCCAAGAUGGUCCCAUGAUCGUUGUCUUGUUAAGUAUCAUGAUUUCGGUGGUACUCGUGGUGGAAAACGAUAUCAAAUGA